AUGUCUGGAAUGUUUAGCAUUUCUUCAAAACAAAUUACCUAUAAUGAUCUCCAACCUAAUAAAAUUAAUAUUGUAACUUUUCAAAGAUUAACAGAUACUCAAAGGAUCUAUUUAAAAAUGCAAAAAUUCUUUGAAGAUUUACAAAAAGAGAAGGAAAUUCUUAGUCAAACUGAUAUAAAACUAAAUAUCUUAUUACAAUACUAUUAUUUAUUGGAAGAAAGGUUAAAUAUAGAAAGUUGGGAAUCUAAAAUCCAAGAGACAUUUUUAACAAAGUUCCAAAAUAUACAAAAAGCAGCUUAA